AUGAGUGAUGAUUAUGCCUACGACGAUUACGAAGAUUACGGUGAUUACGAAGACGAUUACGGUGAUUACGACGAUUACGGUGAUUACGACGAUUACGGUGAUUACGAUUACGGUGAUUACGAUUACGGUGAUUACGAUUAUUAUCCGGAUUACAGUUACGGAGAUUAUUAUCCCGUCAGUGAAUGGAGUAAGUCUGCCACGUCCAAUCGCAAAACGUUUGGUGGCUCAAGAAGUUCAAGGAGAAGGUCAACAAGAAAAAGAACCACAUCGAGAAGGUCGCAGAUGGAUGAUCUAGCUUUGUACGACGCCUGUAGGUCGCUUCUCAAUCGAUACGAUCGUCGGGAUCUAUUUGGCGGAUUCGGUUGCUACAAUCCCUGUUGCAAUCCCUGCUGCAAUCCUUGCCUCACUCCCUGCUGCGCUCCCUGCCAGCCUGCCUGUUGCGCUCCCUGCUGUACUCCGUGUUGUACGUCGUGCUGCACUCCAUGCACUUCUUGCGCCCCAUGCACUUCUUGCAAUCUAUGCACUCCCUGCAAUCCAUGCAACCCGUGCAAUUCCUGCAAUGCAUGUAAUCCCUGCAACUCCUGCAAUCAGUGCAAAUCCUGCAACAAGUGCAGUCCGUGCAAAUGUUGCUGCGAGAAGAAGAAGAAGAAAUGCGACGCGAGGACCUGCCUCACCAAGCUCAUACCUCACAUCGCCAUCCUCAAGAAAUUGAUGGGCAUGGCGAACGAGCCGCAGAAGCAAAUCAAACUUCUCGAGAACACCAUCCAAGACCAGAACAUCAACAUCUGCACGCAAGCCAAAACAAACCAACUGCUCCAACAAAUUCUGAUGCAACUGCUCCACAAAGACGCGAUGGGUUACCUGAACAGCAUACCGGGCUACACAAAUAUGUUUCAAACGACAGAUAACAACGGGCUUCCAGUAUACUCACAAUCUCAAAACUUCACAUAUCCGAACGGCGUACCAUCUCCAGAUGGGUCCGGAGUAUUCGCUAACGGUUCUGGAUCCGGUUUGAAUUAUUCGACAAACUGCGCUCCAACAACUUGCCAUCCGUUUAAUUUCAAUUCCCACGCCACGAGUCAGGCCUCGCUUUUGAACCACCCGCCAUCGAGUUCCAGAGCAGGUCGCAAACUUAAAGAAAGUUGUUCCCUGUCGAAUUAUUUGAACAACUGUCACCCUAGAGAGUGCUGCAGUGCCUUGGAUUCGGACGACUGCUUGCUGAAUGCACUGUGCAAGAAGUUGAUGAACAAGGACUGCUGCGCAAACAAGGACAACGACUUCCUCAUGGGGAAUCAGCUGGCAAUCAAUCAGCUGAUCAUCAACGCGUUGACGGAUAACAACCAGAUAAUCAAUGACCAGCUGUUGAACUUCAAACUGAUCAGCGAUUUUCUGAUGUGCGACAACACGUGCCAGUGCAACAGCAGCGACGCCGCCACUCUCAACAGCCUCCUACUUCUCAACCCCAAACAACAAAACGACAACAACAACGUGGAAAGUCCUCAGAGUGAAUCGAGUUUGAAAAAUAUUCUAGCAGAAUUCCAGUCGAAGGCAUUGUUGAACCCAAACAUCAAACAGACCCAACAAAGCAACGCCCAGAUGAAUGCAGCGAACAACAUUUUCACCGCAAUGGCUUGCCCGAGAGAUUCGUACCGACAGAACAGAGAGACUCCGUGCACAUCCGAGUCGGUGGUUAGCAGCGACGCAGAAUGCAAAUGCAAUCCUGUCAACGAGAACAUCAUGCGCCUACUGGACACUCUCGAAUGUUGCAAAAUGUCUGCAGCUACGACGAGCAACAACAACGCUAACUUAGAAAAAGCCAGCCUGUCUUUAUCAACGGAAAGUUGCAUUCGGCAGCCGACGCCGACGAUGAAGGCAGAUGACCUCAUGAAAAUUUUAAACGAUCGAGUGACAAAGCAGAGUCUGAACUCCUACAUCAGACACUUCCAAUCAUCCAAUCAAAGCGUUGAAAAUUAUCCAAAGGAUCAUGUCUUCCCCUGGCAGAAGCACAUGAAACGUAAGCUGAUUACGCUUGAAGAAGAUGAUGAUGAAGUGGGUAAAAAAGUAAAAAAAAGACAUGAAAAAAAAACCUCAGACCACCACCAUCACCAUCAUCAACAGCAUCAUAAUCAGGAGGUAGAGCGAGAUCUCACAAGUUGUAAAAAACAGAAAAAAAACCAUCAUCACCAGCAUUACGAACAACCACAACAGCAGCAAAAAUUCAAAAACUUCGGAACCAGAAGAUGCACGUGUCCACAUAACGCCGAAUCAAAAUCUGUCGCUUGCAUUGCUUCGAUAAACGGAAAAAUGAAUCCAUCCACCAGACAUUUCAGCAGUCUCCAGUUCGGCUUGCAAUCUAAAUGCCACUCUGACGAGGACCUAAAGAAUGCAGUUUCCGAGGCUAAAGUCUUAUCUGAUUUGAAAAAGUUGGAGAGUAACAGGCAAAAGAGCAAUCGUUUCAGUGGUGGGGUGGUUCAGAAGUGA